ACCGCAUACUGGUAAUUGUCCUGUUGACAUCACACUUUUACAGUUAAUGUGUAGGUAGAAAAGAGAUGACAAUUGCAGGCACAGAUAAUCAUUGCAAUUCUGUAACAGUCAUUUCCUGUUCACUGUUAAGUAACAUAACUUCAACUUCAUCCAUCCAUCCUCAUCAUGUAAAGCAGGGAAAUACCCUGUUUGGAUGGUCAGUCCAGUAUACAGAUGUCAUGCAAUAAACUCUAGAAAUACUACUGUAAAUUCUACUGUCUUCUGCAAGCAUUGAACCACACCACAACCUUAAAAACCAAGGCACUUAUAUGCAUACACACACUCUUCCUUUUCUUUUCUGCUUCUGUUUUGCUUGUUUUCCAGUCCAGCUUUCUAUUAAACACUGGCAUUAUGUACUAUGAAUAUGAUGGUUUGCUUGUGAUGUUCCUCAUUUGCAAGUCACUUGGGGUUUCAUCUGCUAAAUUCAGUACUGUAUAGACAGCAACUAGAUGUCAGGAACAAUUUCAAUUUACAUUGACAUUUUAACUGUUUAUUAUUGUUGUUGUUGUUUUUUUUAUGAACAUGGUAGUGUGGUUAUUGCUUUGUAGUAGUAUUGUAUUUAAGUAGUAGUAUUUUGUAGAAAUGACUCCAAAUUUUGAUUGUAGAAGAGUUAAAAAACAUGGAUACACCAUAAAAGAAGUUGUUGGACGAGGGGCAUCAGGAAUAGUCUUUCUGGUGAAUAAUGAAGAGAAAGAUCAGUUUGUGGUCAAACAGUUAAAUUCAAGAGAUAGGAAAGAGCUGGCUACAGUCAAAAAGGAAAUCGAGAUCUUGAAGAAAAUGAUUCAUGGAUAUAUUGUUUCUUAUGUGGAUUCAUUUGAAGAUAAACAAUCUGGGCUCUUUUAUAUUGUGAUGGAGUAUUGUGCAGGAGGAGAUCUUUUUAAGAAAAUGCAAACACAGAAAGAUAACGGGUUUUUUGAAGAACAACAGAUUCUUGACUGGUUUGUUCAGAUUUGUCUGGCCCUGCAGUACAUUCAUGAAAACAAUGUGCUUCACAGAGAUAUUAGACCACAGAAUGUUUUUCUGACUGAAGAUGGCUACAUCAAUCUAGGAGAUUUUGGAUGCUCAAAAAUAUUGGAAAGAGGUGAUGCACCCACAACUGAUUCUGCAUAUGCAUCGCUCUAUCUCAGUCCAGAAGUUUAUCAGAAGAAAUAUAAUUCAAAAAGUGACAUUUGGUCAUUGGGAUGGUUACUCCAUGAUCUCUGCAUGCUGGAUGUGUGGUCAAAUAGCAUAAAGCGCUGCUGUGAACAUGCUUACAGCAUGAAAGGAACCCUGCCUCGCAUCUCAAAAAGAUACUCAAAGAAUCUUCAGGAAUUAAUCAGACAAAUGCUCAGCUGUGACCCUAAAGACAGACCAUCAGCUGAUGAGAUUCUAGCAAAACCAUUCCUGGAAGAUGCAGUAAAGAGAAACAAGAGAAUUCCAGAAGCACUUGAGCAAAGAUUGAUUGAGUCAGUCAGCACCUUUGAUGAGGCCUACAACAAGCAUUAUACAGAAUUUGAGAACUUAGUCAGUCAGUGGGGAAAAACAGCAGAUUUACUAGAGGCAGUACAUUACAGCAUCACAUCAGCAAGUCUGGCAGGUUCUGUGAUCACUGCAAUAGUUGGUGCAAUAUUGUCAACUUCCAUCUUUGCAUCUUUGACAGGUGUUGGAGUCAGUGUUGCAGGUGGUGCUACCGGUGCUGCCACAAACAUUGCAGAUUCAGUAAAACAAAAACAACUCUAUGAGAGACUUGAACAAUUUAAACCUUACAUUGAAAAUGGAAGAGAACUGACUCUCUGUUUACUUACAGUGAGAAAGUUAAUAGGUAAAAUAUUUAAGUUCCACAAUUUUGCCUGUACCUCAACUCUAGAUAAUUUGAGUUUGUCAUGGGAGAUAAGCAAAAGUACAGUAGUGUCUAUCGGACGAGCAGCAGCAGUAUCAGGUGUGUUGGGCGGACUCUCAGUUAUUGCUGAUGCUGCCUUCAUUGCGAAAGAUUCCCAAGAGAUUCACCAGAUGAGAAAUCAGUGGAAAACAGAUGAUCCAAUAAAGGUCUCAUCCAGUGUACUCAAAGCCAUUGUAGAGAUAAGGAAUAUACACAAAGAUCUUCUCAGUGUUUUAGAGGAAAUUAAUAAAACACGCAAGCUUUUGGAUGAAAAAAAAAAUAAAAAAAGAGAGCGAGAGAAAAGUGUCCAGGGGUGACAGAGACCACGUGUAAAUAUACCACCAGCCAGACUUGCACAACAUCCUGCAGAUUUGUCACUGAGCUCAGGUGACAGGUGAGAAAGAACAAGGGUUUUGCAGAAAACAGUUUCAAUAUGUAAGACAUUGUAUUGAGCCAAACAAUUGGUGUGUAUGUGGCCUGUAUAUUAUGUAUGCAUAUAUGAUCUAUACUGUACAUAUCUACUACUAUAUUUCUAAUAAUUAUGUAGUGCUGUUGAUUACAUACUGGUUUCAGGUCUUGUUUUUGGAUUCGUUUUAAUGAAUUACUAUUAGAAGAUUAACACAAACACAGAAACUAAAUUUUUUUUGAAGAAUCUAAGGAUUCUUAACAAUCUGUGUGUUGCUUUAACCCUUUAAGAGAGCAACCAUACAUUUGUGUUGUUUUAUUUUCAUUUAUUCUUCAUUUAUGAUCAUUUAAUCAUUUUAUUGUUCCAUUUAAUCAUAUAAUCACCUAAUCAUUUGAAACUUUUUAUAUUAUAUAUUUUAUGACUUAUUUGUAUUAUGUUAUUAUAUAUACAAUGAUGUAAAGCAGUACAUUUUCCAUUGCUGCUCUUUUUGUAUAGUAACACUUGAUGGAUUUCAGUUUAUUCAGUAUACUGCUCCUUUUUUAUUAUCAUCAAUUCGUCUCCUGCUUCUGCUUUUCUCUGGCUUAAUCAAUCAACUUCUUGGCUGACAGAAGACUGUUAAUUCAGUUAAAAAAAAAAAAAAAAAGAAUAAAUUGUUAAUGGGUUUGAGGUUUUAGACAACUUUGCGAACAAAUUGUUCUGUUACCAGACUAAAUGGAUAUUUUCUGACAGGAUCAGGUGUCCAGGAUUGGAUCUGAUAUUUCUGGCAUGGAGGCAUGAUCUAACAAGAGUUAUAUUGUAGUAUUAGUUGUAAAAAUGUACAUACAAUUUUUUUUCUUUCUUUUUCUUUUUUUCUUUUCUUUUUAGUAAGUUUCUAAAAUACUGUCACAUGCAAAACACUUCAAAAAAAAAAAAAAGUUUGUAUUUUAGGAUCUUAAAAUGUAAAUAAUUGACUGGGCAUGGAUGUUUCCAUGUGCUUUUUUUUGUUGUUGUUGUUUUUUUUGUCUGUAGGAAUCUGCUUAAAUACUGUAAAUUAUCAGUGCGUGAUCAACAGAAUAUGUGAGUUUUUUUUUUUUUUUAA